AUGGCAGAGCUCGUGGCCACCAUGGUGGUCGGGCCAUUGCUCUCAGUCGUGAAGGACAAGGUGUCCAGCUACCUGCUUGACCAGUACAAGGUGAUGGAGGGCAUGGAGGAGCAGCACAGAGUGCUCAAGCGCAAGCUGCCGGCGAUCCUGGACGUCAUUGAUGACGCCGAGCAGACCGCGUCCCACAGAGCAGGGGCCAAGGCUUGGCUCGAGGAGGUCAAGAGGGUGGCCUACGAGGCUAACGGGCUCUUCGACGAGUUCAACUACGAGGCGCUCCGCCGCAGGGCUAGGAAGAACGGGCACUAUGGCGAGCUCGGCUUCAAUGCAGUAAAGCUCCUCACCACCCACAACCGUUUUAAGUUCCGCGACAGGAUGGGGAAGAAGCUGUGCAGGAUUGUGCAGGCCAUCGAAGUCCUUGUGGCUGAGAUGAACGCCUUUGGGUUUAAGUAUCAGCAGCAAGCACCAGAGUCCAUGCGGUGGAGGCAGAUGGACCAUGUUAUCUUCGAUCCGAAGAAAAUCAUCAGCAGAUCGAGAAGCCGAGAUACUAAGAAUAUUGUUGGUACAUUACUUGGUCAAGCCAACAAUGCGGAUCUCUCGGUCGUUCCCAUCGUUGGAGUAGGGGGCCUAGGCAAGACCACCUUGGCGCAGCUAAUUUACAAUGAACCUGAAAUCAGAAGCAUUUCAAGUUGCUGA